AUGCACGAUUACGAUAACAGCCAAGCCACCAAGGAUCUAGCCCCCAUACAGCCUUUGCCAGCCGUGAAACCCCCAGUUCGUAGUUACUUCUCAUUUCGAUCUUGGCUCGAGGAACCCGAGCGAAACAAGCUCACGCCCGAACACAAGACGCUUUAUGUCGCUACACCGCCCACCAUCACAUCAAACGUGCGCUUUAUGAAUGGCUGGCAGCUGCCCACGGUCGCCACUGCAAAUGAACGUGAAGGAGGGUUGAGUCAACCUUCGACCGACACUUGCUUGGAAUACCUCAACGUGUUCUACCAUGGCCUUCCUAUCAAGUUCCUUCCCCAGCGGCUCCGCUUCGUGCCGUAG